GCCUGACUCAGUAAGGAUUAUUUUUUGUGAGGUCGCUGAGUGCACAGACUGUGGUCCGUUUGGCUGAGCGCAGUUUGCGUAAACUCCGUAUUCACGAAGGCAGAUAGGGCGAAAGUGUGCUGCGGCUGAUAAGCACUGAACACGCAGAUUCCUCGCUGGAAACGCUGCGGAGCUCGCGUGGACAUGCGGGUCCGUGGCUAUUCGUGUCUUUUGGACAUUAUCUGAUCUGCGGAGUGUUGUUGGGAGGACCACCAACUGAACUGCUGUAAAGAUCAGAAGGCAAGAUGGUGAGGGUGGACUUAGGAACUGUAGUCCUUCGGCGAAUGAGAGAAGAGGACAUUGAGACUGUGAAGGCUCUCAUUAAGGAGGGAUGCGAAGGGACAGAGAACCGCCUCAUCCUUCACCUCCUCACUCGUCCGCUGGCUCUUCUCAUGCUGGCCACGCUGUCCUCCAUCCUCCGCUUCCUGGUGCACUCCUUCAUCGUGGCCCUGCUGAUUCCCGUCUUCCUUUGCAUCAUCUACCUCAAGCUCACCAUCCCGCGCUCCACGGGCAUCCUCGGCUCCACCAGGCCCUACUGGGACUACGUGGGCAGCUGUUACCAAGCCGAGUCUGAGCCGGACCUGCCCAACCCGCACGCAGCCAAAGCCAGGCUGGUGGCCAACCAGGAGAAGGCCAGACGUCGCAGGAAGGCCAAAGAGCAGGAGAAAGGAAAGACGAAGGAGAAGGUGGCAGAAGAAGACCUGAAGGAGAGAGCGAGGGUGGCUGGGGAGGUGUGGCUGGCGGACAGUGACUGCGAGGUGCUCGGCUGCGUGGCUCGUGACGGCUGGAGCCGCGAGGGGGUUUACCGAAUCUGCAGGCUGGUGGUGCAGAGCUGGUACAAACGAGAAGGUAUCGGAAAGCUGUUGGUCCAAAGCCUAGAAGCCAAAGCCAGGCAAAGUGGAAUCUGUCGGGUUUACGCUCACGUCCCUUUCCCGUCUAAAGUCGGAGAGGCGUUCUUCAGGAAGUUGGGCUACCGGCUGCAGGGCGAGACGGACGGAGUCGAGGGUGAGGAGGAGGAGGAGGACUAUGAAGAGCCAGAGAAAGGCUGGCUUGGGUUCCCAGUGACUAAAGUGUUUGUUAAAGAUUUGUGAGUGUGAUUGCAACAGAGUGGGGUUGUUUACUGUAACUACAACAUUUGCCUGAAAUUAUACAAUAAGCACAUAUUUUGGGAUGCUACCAAGAUUAUUUCCAAAAUCCAUUUCUAAACAAUGGAAAUGGAAAUGUAUUGCCCGGUUGAAGGAGGGGGACGUAUUAUGGCGCUUGACCGAGUUGCUAUAUUUGGUCGUCUGGAGAUUUACUUCUUUUAAAAAAAAAAAAUGGAGAAUUGGCACACAAUGCCUCAGGCAAUUAGCAGCCUGUUCAGUGUUUUGUUCUCACAAUGCUGUAUUUUCCGAUCUUGUUUCAAUACUUUAUCAAUAUCAAUAGGGCUAAUAUCAGUUAGGAUUGCACAAUAUUGGGGAAAAAAUGACAUUGUGAAAUACAGCUCUGGAAGAAAUUAAGAGACCACUUCAGUUUCUGAAUCAGUUUCAUUUUGUACACCAUUGGAAUGAGUGGUGUUUCUACAGCAGAGGUGUCCAAUCUUACCUGUUAAGGACCAGUGUGGCUGCGGUGUGGUUUCCAUUCCUGCAAAAACAACUGAUUCCAGCUGUUUAGUCAGUUGUUCAGUCAUCAAACCACUUAUCACAUGAGUUUUUGAUUGGCUGGAACAAAAACCUGCAGCUAAACAAACCCUUUUGCAGAUACAAUUGGAUUUCCCUGCUCUACUGUAAUUUCCAAUGUCCAGGCUAAAACUAUACUAAAUUUGCUAAGAGCGAAAUACAAUCUAAACUUUUUUUGUAACAUGUGCAAAGCCAUGUUCUGUUUUAUCCAAUAAAAACUAAUUUUGCAGGUGUAGGGUUGAACUUCCAGACCGGGAUUAAUUAAGCCUAGUAUUCGAAUACAAAACAUUUUUUUUGUUUAAUUUUUUAUUUUUUUUUAAACUGCUGCUGAUGCAGCAUUGCUGGAUAGCAUUACAGUGCGCUCAGAGGAAAGCGCAGCGACUUGGUUUCCUAUACAUCAGCUCACAGACGCUUUGUGCUGAUCGACCCUUUGGAGUGAUGAGAGGAGAGAGCAAGGCCAAUUGUGCGCUCUCAGGCCUCCAGCAGCUGAUGCUAAACAACAUUUUGACUGCAUGAUUUUCCAUUGAAAGGAAAAUAUAGCCUACAACUAGGCUUAAUCCCUGUCUGGGACACUUCUCCAUAAAUUUUACACUGAUUUUGAAUUUGUUUUUGAAAAUAAACUUAGUAAAAAACAAAUAUUAUCAAUUAAUAAACCAUUUGAGGCACCAUUUGUUUUUCUAGUUGAGAAGAGGAAAAAAAAAGUUGUUCUACAGAACUCUCCUUGGUCAUUGGAGAUUAAUCUGUAUUCAGACUGAUUUUAUUCUGUGCUAAAUUAGGUUGAGCUCAUGGGUUGGUUGGGAAAAGGUGGGUUGGGUUAAUCCACACUGGAAAAAAAACAUCUCUCUGAAAGAGGAGGAUGAGGAAGGUCUGCUGUGUUAGUUAAUUUCAGAAACGUGUCAAGAUUUUGUAGACAUUGUAAACCUGGGCUGAGGACCAUGGCGUGAGAUGAAUUCACCUCAAAUGACAGUGUAAGACUGGAAACCAUCCAGCCACUAAUGGUGGAUAGAAAAACAACUUAAUCAAAUCACAACACUUAUUUAUAUAUUUGUUUAUUUAUUUAUUUAUUCAUUUUAUUUACUGUGGUAUUUUAUUUUAUUUUAUUUUAUUUGUUCAGUUUUAGUUGUUGGUAGAUUAACAGUUAUUUCCGGAGAUCUGUGGGUCAGUUGUAGUGCUGUAAAAUCAUUGUCUAAUCAGUGCUCUGUUUGUAUUGAGACAAAUCAAUAAACCUUUUAUCACAAUG